AAAGAAAUGUCGCUCGCUAGAAUCUACGGAAUGCAGGCACGGCUGCGGACACAUUUGCAGAAGAGUGUCGUGACGCUAACCACGAGUAUUCCCAGAUCCCAGGUGCUGGAAAGUGUUCCGCGGCGAUAUAUCGCUUCGGGUUUGGUAUGUCACGACAAGCUAGCCCCGAAACCUGUCCCCAAGCAUGAUUGGAAUCGGGCCGUCAGUGAGGCAGAAAAGAUCGUUGGUUAUCCGACGUCGUUCCUUAGCCUUCGCUGGCUCUUGAGCGAUGAAAUUGCCAACGUAGCGCUGCACCUAAGGAAGCUGGUCGGCAGCAAUCAUCCACUGUUGCGAACAGCCAAGAUACUCAUCUACAACGGCAAAAACAACAUGCAGGCCUGGGGAUUAAUUGUUCUGCUAAUGUCCAAAGCGGUCGGACAUGCACCGACGGUACCAGAUCUGGAACAGGAUAAAAGUGCCGGCGUACUUCAAUCGCAACGUGGAUUGGCUGAAAUUACGGAAAUGAUUCGUACCGCUCAUCUCGUCCACCAGGGACUGGUUAAUCUGCAACCUUUGGAUGGUGCCGGUAACGAGCUGGGCAGUGACAGCGAUACGAUCUUCGGCAACAAGAUUGCCCUGCUGAGCGGGGACUAUCUGCUCGGGAACGCUUGUUUGCAACUGGCCGGUCUCCGGAAUCAACCGCUCAUCGAGCUAAUUUCAUCGGCCGUUCGUGAUUUGGCCGAAUCGAACUUUGUCGGCGUACGCGAUCAGCAAAACAAUCCUCUUCCUUCGCGUCCCCUAGAAUCAUCGGUAGCUACGAGCAAUGGUAGCACCGGAUCGCAUGUGGAUCUUAGCUUCGGUGAUAUGAUCGACAACACGCAACCGCUCAGCUUGGCCGGUGUGAUGGGUAAUCCGGAAAAGGAGUGGGCCCUGCGGCACAUACUCGGUGCGGGCAGUUUGCUGGGGAAAAGCUGCCAAGGUGCGAUGAUGCUCGCAGGUCAACCGGAAGCAUUACAACGGCGUGGUUACAUGUUUGGGAAGCAUCUCUCACUAGCAUGGCAGGCCUGUAUCGAUCUGGAACCGUUCAACAGUGAUCAGGUUCCAUCGGGUGGACAAUUUAGUCUAGUGUCUGCACCGGUUCUAUUCCACCUCGAUCACGAUCCUACGCUGUACGAUGAAAUUCAAAAGGGACUAGUUUCGGUAGAUAAUGUAAAUUUUGGCAAGGUGCAUGCAGAGGUUUUGAAAGGACCGGGCUUGGAACGAACACGCGCACUGCAGAAGAAGCACAGCCUUGCCGCGAUGGGCGUACUGAAUGAGCUGCCACCGUCUGAUGCACGAACCGCACUGCAAAACAUCAUUCUUGCCAUGCAGGACAUCUAGCGAACGCCUUAUUACCGUAAAGCACUAAACGACGCAUCGCAACACACGUCUUUUCAGGGCUCUUUUCGUUCGACGCGCAUAGAUACAGCUUCAAACGGGGAAGCAAUGUCAUGGAAAAGAGUUAGCUGAUGAGAGGAAGAGAGGGAGAGAGAGAGAGGGAGAGAUAGGGCAAGAGAUGCUAGUUGCUCGAAGACUACUGUUUUAGCAAAGCAGCUACUAAAGUGCUACACAGCAAAACGUACCAUUCCGUCCAGAGUGUGAAUUUUUAUGAUUACGGUAGAUAGAAUACGGAGCAGCGUUAUCGAAGUGGGAAAUAAGAUUAUAAGAAAAUAAGAAAAGUACUUUGUAAAAAAAAAGUAGAUUCAUUACCGCUAUCUCUCUGUAGCUAACGAAUGGUUUCGUGGCUAGAUUCAUUGUCAGCAUCAUGGCAACUGAUCAGACUACGAACUAGCAGAAUUAGAAAAUAUGAAUGUUAACAAAAGCAUCUGUUAGAAAACAAAGCCGACACAAUCCAUGUAGAGGUUUGUAAAUGUGUAAAACAAUCAGACAACGUUUUUUUUGCGUUAUACUCGCCGUAGUUCGAGGACAAAAAAUGUUAGGUUUGUAGCCGGAUAAAGUUUAACCGCACUAGUUAAAUGGUGGUUCACUCAGAGAUCGCAGCAGUGUUUGUUUUUUAGCUGUUUUAGGACACAUCGUACUCGGUCCAACGGACUUUAAUAAUGCUAAGUGGGUUAUUGGUUGUGUUUUGUUAUGGUUAUAUUUUUGUUUCCUUCCUUCCUCCACGUUAUUUUACUUUCGCGCGAUAGCUCUGUUUCGCAAAAAAAAAAACUGUUUCAUCCACCUCUGUAUGUAUUUACAUCUUCGUUAUAAUGUAGUUAACUAUUUAAAACACUGUUUGUUGAAAAGAUAUAAACUUAACAAAACCCAA